GGUCACCCCAACGGGUCCCGGACGAUGAAAAUUUUACCAAUUCACUUCAUAUUCUUCCAUUAGGGGCCAUAAGCAGCCUUUAUACAAAAUUUCAGCUCGAUUGGAUGAUUUUGAAAAAUCGGUAUUGGUCAUACCCUCUCCGGUACUUCCGGUUGAAAAAUUUUCCAAUCUCGCUUUAUAUUCUUCUAUUAGGAACCAUUAGCACGCUCCGUGCCAAAUUUCAGCUUUCUAUCACAAUUUUGAGAUUUAGGUGCCUAAUACCCACUGGUCCAAAUAUGACCCCCACCGGUCCAAAUCUUUUCUCAUCGAACCCCAUCUUCGUCGUUGCAUAUACAUGUCUGCACCAAAUUUGGUUAAAAUCGGUCAACUCGUUCGAAAGUUAUCGAAAGACAGACGGACAUGACGAUCACAUAAGCCCUGGUUCGGGCUAAAAAAAAUUACACGACUUUGAUGUGCUCGGGCGGACAAUUUUGUUUUUGGAAUUACACGACUUUGAUGUGCUUGGGCGAUAGAUUUUGUUUUUGAAAUCACACGACAUUGAUGUACUUGGGCGCAUGGUUACCGUACAAGAAUUACACGACUUUGAUGUACUUGGGCCCUUAGCGACGUUUUGUGCAGCACAUGACAUUCAUGUGCUUGGGAGGCAACUGGUUAAUGCGUAUAUGUACAUACUAUGAAUACUACAGAUUACUAAUAUAAUGGUGGUUAUCAAUUGUAAGAAUGAUAUCAAUGAGCUUGUUUCGGCGGUCAGGCUAUGAAACUCAUCAUAUGUGUUAAAUAAAUACGCAAUAAAUAUUUUGAUGACACCAUUAUUAUUAUUAUUGCCGGUAUUCUUUCUUGCUCGACAAACAGCAUCUUCUCAACAUCAAACGGUGAAAAACUCUAAUUUCAUACGAGCAUUACGUUUAACUUGCUGCCAUUGCCAACUUAAAGAUAGCAAAGGAAUUUGGUAUAACAUUUCCUUUUUUUUGCAAACCAGAGAAAAUUCACUAAAAUUAAUUACUGUAAUAUAUUUUUUGUCUCAUUUUGUAUCUAUUUUUAGAUUUUGUAUUGUCAGAUUUAGGAUGAGUGAAGGCUCAGGACACCACAAAAGCGAAUUAUUAAAGAAGCAGACUGAACAAAUAUUUCACGUUGAAGAAGCUCCCAGCUUUCACGCUAUUAAAACACCAACAUCGUCCCAAAAAUCUAUUCCAAGUUUCGAUGUUACGUCCAAAUCUAGUGCAUCCCCAAAUUCUUUGCUCAAUACACGAUGGACGAAUUCAGCGACCCAUAAUAGUCAGCUCAUGCGAGUCGGAAAACUCGCAUCAGAACUUGGAGAAGAAAGUGCAUUUUCCUUGGGACUGCCUCCUAUAAAGAGGAAAAAAUUUCCUUAUUAUCCAUACGGACUUAUUCUUCCAAAAUGCAAACCAAUCAAUGGGGUUCCUAAAAAGCAUGGAAAAACCGGCAAACAACUUGUAGAGCCUUGGACAGAUGCUUUAAAGGAUUUUUACCAAACGGUGAAAGCACUAGAGAAUGGGUCAAAUGAGAAAUCAGAGCUGCAGUCAUCUCCCACAAGCACACAAUCCGUGGGCCCAAAUGAGAUACAGAAGCCACGAAUUCGAAAGACUCGAACACAGGCAGAAUCAACGAUGAAGUUUAAAAUGACAGAAAUACAACAUUUAUUUGCCACCGAGAUGAAGGAAUUGCAAGACACUUAUCAAAAGCUGAAAAUCGAACCUGAUCCAAAGGCAGAAGCAGCACUGGAGGAAUCCUGGAAGGCCAAGAAAAUUCAGUUACAAAAACAAAUUGACCAGUGCAUAGACGAAAUUUUGGAGAGCAUAAAAGCAAUCUACUUUUAAUGAUGGACAAAAUUAUAAGUUACGUAAUUUAAACUCAAUAAAUAUGUGUGAGUG